UAACAGUGACAGCCAGCCGGACUCGGCAGCAGCCUCACUUUACUCUGGGGACAAGAAUAGACUGUUUACCGCUGAGUUAGUAUCGAUCAGUUAUCGAUAAAGUCUUUGGAGUCAGGUGGUGUCAGUUACGGAGCCGUUAGCUGUUAGCCAGCUGCUAGCUGAAUGUUCGUUAGUUCGACUUGUUGACACGAGCUAGCUGACGUUGUUGUUCUCACCAGCUCUCUACGGCUGUCUGCACCCUCGUCACCACGACAACGGGCAUCCGUAGCACUGAUGGCAGGGUGAGGGGAGCCAUGCUGACGUUCCUCCAUAUCCCUUUAACAGGCCUGUUGGGUGUUCUGUGGGAUGGAGUUGCUGCUUUUGGUGGGGUCAGACUAGUGGAUGGGGAGAACAAGUGUUCUGGCAGAGUUGAGGUACUCCGCCAUGACCAGUGGGGGACUGUGUGCGACCACGGCUGGGACCUCCGGGAGGCUGAUGUGGUGUGUCUGGAGCUGGGCUGUGGCCUCGCAGAAUUGGCCCUUCAUGGUGCCGUGUUUGGUGAAGGCCGCGGAGAGAUCUGGCUGCGACAUGUCCAGUGCUCCGGACAUGAGUCCGGUUUGACGCGCUGCGCUGUUGUCCUUCACAGUAAUGCCUACUGCACCCACGAGAAAGAUGCCGGGGUGAAAUGCUCAGGCACCCUCUUAAUGCCCACCCUCACCCUGCUGUCACCUCACACCGUCUUCUCUCCUGGCGAGGCUGUUCGCUUCGCCUGCAAUGUUUUGCUGGGUCACCACCUCAGUGAUUUCCACCUGUACAAGCAUGGAGUGUCGACGCCGCUGGUCACACAGAGGGCGGACCAGACCCAGACCAAAGUGGAGCUGACCCUCUCCGACAUCGAGACUUUCCACCAGGGCAGCUACAGUUGCCAGUACAGGAUCAUGGGCGGCUUCCCUUCUCAGCUACUGAGCUCCCCACCGAGCAACUCAAUAAACAUCACUGUUGUGGAACUCCUGACUCCCCAACACUGGUACAACACGUCCACUGAGGCCCCGGCUGGUUCCGUCAUUAAAGGCCACAACUUUAGCAUCACCUGCUCCACCCGGCAGCAGUACCCCGGAGGCUCCUUCCAGCUGCGUCUGAUCCGCUCCAAUGGCACCGUGCGCCAGUCCCUGCCCGCCCUCACCCCCUACGUCACUUUCACCUUUCCCAACGCCCAGAGCUCCAACGAGGGAUACUACUACUGCCUGUAUCGGGUCCAGCUGGGUGGGCGCACCUUUGUCUCCAGAGAAAGCCAGCCCUUGCCUAUCGCCAUCAGAGACCCAGAUCCAUUACUGAGUCCAAUGGUGAUCAGCUGGCUUGUGUCCGGCCUGACAUUUGUUGUGGCCGUCGUCGUGAUAAUCAUUGUGGCCAAGGUGCUGUGUACCAAGGAGAAGAAGCCCACUGAACUGGAGCGAGAGACCAGAACCUGUGUGGAUAACACUUAUGUUGCCUUAUCAAUUAACAAGCUAUGACGGGCUAUGCAGGCCACCAUAUCACUGAAGCAGAGGACAGUCGAGGGGCUCGCAGUGGAUUCAGUUGGCAGGAGACGAGACACAGAACAGCUCAGUGUGCCAUCAUCUCCUUCCUGAAGGAGGCCCCACCUGGAUCCGGCAGUUAUUAUUGGAUUAAUAUAGACCGACAUAACACUAAACUUCAGGACAGUGAUACUGCAGGGAAAUAAUGGGUGUGAUUGCUUUAGUGCCUUCUGUUCUGAUGAGAUGUGAACUACAAGCCACAGAAGACUGUUUGUGUAGAUUAUUUCCAGUUCAACGUCUGUCGGGGUUUCAGCUAGACUUCAGCUUCGGCUCCUGCCAUGACACCAGAUUUAUGGAGUGGAAAACUGCAACGAAAAGUUAAACUGGGGGAAACGGGAUGCAGAUCCUUCCGGUCUAUUUUAAUGAGAUUUAGUAUCUUUUACCAAGUAACAAGUAACACUAAAGACGGGCUCAACUAUCUUAUUAGGUACUCGCUUCUCCAGAUCAAUGAUCCUUAAAGGAUUAGAACAUGUUUUUUGUAUUUUAAGUCUCACCCAUCUUAUGUCAUUUUCAAUAUGUAGAUCACUGCACUUUAAGUUAAUAGCUGUAGUUGAUUAAAACGUGUUGUUGGAA